CGCUGCAGUAACGGCGGUAAUGGCGGCGCACGCAAGUUUGUUUACAUCGCAAUAAGCCGCUGAGAAUUUCGUGAAUGUUUCGUGUUUCUACUCGCAGAUCUGCUACGUUUUCACUAUGGGCGUCGUGAGCAUUCACCAGUUUCCAAUACCCGAAGGCAAAAGCGGUCAGCAAGCGGCGGAACUUCUCCAGAAGCGUCUUGAAACGCUCGGAGCCGUUCGAGAGGGCAUAUUCACCGUGGACUGCGAAACGUACUACAGUUCACCCAACAUAAAUCCCAGCCAUUCUGUGAACAUCAUCCACGACACCGAGCACCCGGCAACAUGCUUCGCGCUGCUCGAUACCGGCAUGUGCCUCGUCGCGGACAUCACCUUCGACAUGCUCAUGCUCAAGAUGGCCGGCAUCUACAGCGCCAAGAAGUCCACCAAGAUUGAAUCACGUGGCCCCCGGUACGAAGUUGCAGAUUUCCUCGUCAAAGUGGGCAGUGUUUCGAUGGGACCGAGCUUUCGAGGCAUUCUCGUUGAGGUUGAGUACCUGCCAUGUGUGGUCCCGUCAAGCUGCUGGGACCUGAUGCGCGAGUUCCUGCAAGGCUUCAUGGGCUCGACCGUGCAGGGUCCUCCCCAGUACCUUCAGGGCCGCAUGAACGAACUGUACAAUCCCGUGGACACCGUCCAGCAGUACAUGGAGCACUUCAACAAUUUCCGAAGAGCGUCCGCCACGCCCGUGACAGCACCCGCAAACAUAGAGUGACAAGCCGGAAACAUAGUGAAACAUAGUGACUCUGUGGACGUCCUUUGACUUUGCUUCACUGAGACUUCUUGUCCUGUUCCUCUGUCCUUUCUUCUCUCUUACAUCGGAAGAAAGGCUAUUUAUCAGCUUUUGGGGACAGUCUCUUGGGAUGUGCGAAACAUUCGUGCAAAUCAAGCACAUCGCUGCUACACCCGUUGGCCCAGGUGUGCCCGUGCCGGGCAUGUGAGGCAUCCGUACCGCUGGUGUGCUUUGAACCAUGCAAACGAAAAUGUGUGACAGUUUCCAGGCUUAGAAUGACAGCCAAGCGCAGUUGUGAAUGAAAUGUGACUUGCGGAGUGAAGUUUGUUUACUGCCGCAGCCACAGCAUUGGUGCGGAAUUACAGAAAAAUGUU